AUGAGCGAUUAUCUUUCGAAACUGAAGGAGCACGUGGUGGAGAGCACCAAAGUCAGUGGGUGCACCCCGUGCAUGGCCACUUCGACUUUCAAUGCCCCGCAUGAGGUUGCACGCAGGACCAAGAUGCUGGGAGCCACGGACAGCAGCCUGUUGAACUUGCCGGCGUGGAAGCGCUUGCAGUCCCUGUACGAGAGGCACGGCGACGAGUCCAUCCUUUCGCAUUUCGAGAGUGAUCAUCAGCGCUUUGGGCGGUACUCGAUUGAGGUUGCCCUGCAGAGGGAGGAGAACUUCCUCUUCCUCGACUACUCCAAGUCACAUAUCAACGAUGAGAUCAAGGACGCGUUGGUUGCACUGGCCGAGGAACGUGGAGUGCGGGCGUUCGUCAAGGCUAUGUUUGAUGGGCAGCGGGUAAAUUCUACUGAACACCGCGCCGUGUUACAUGUGGCGCUGCGCAACCGCAGUAACCGCCCGAUCAUCGUUGACGGAAAAGAUGUGAUGGCCGAUGUGAACAAUGUGCUUGCCCAAAUGAAGAGCUUUACCGAAAAGGUCCGCAGCGGAGAGUGGAAGGGUCAGACGGGCAAGAGCGUUUCCAACAUAGUCAACAUUGGCAUUGGCGGCAGCGACCUUGGCCCGGUCAUGGUGACCGAGGCACUGAAGCCGUUCUCCAAGCGCGACAUGCAUUGCUUUUUUGUGUCCAACGUUGAUGGGACACACAUGGCUGAGGUGCUGAAGCAGGUGAAGCUGGAGGAGACCGUCUUCAUCAUUGCGAGCAAGACGUUUACUACACAAGAAACGUUGACGAAUGCCAUGUCUGCACGCAACGCCCUCAUGGACUACCUCAAAGCAAAGAACAUCUCGACGGAUGGCGCCGUUGCAAAGCAUUUCGUUGCCCUAUCGACCAACACAGAAAAGGUUCGGGAGUUCGGCAUUGAUACCGCCAACAUGUUUGUGUUCUGGGACUGGGUCGGUGGGCGCUACUCUGUGUGGUCCGCCAUCGGCCUCUCCGUGAUGCUUUCGAUUGGCUACGACAACUUUGUGGAGUUCCUGACUGGAGCGCACGUGAUGGAUAACCACUUUGCGUCGGCACCGGUGGAGCAGAACUUGCCGAUGAUGCUGGCUUUGGUCGGCAUCUGGUACAACAACUUUUUCGGCGCGGAGACAGAGGCGGUGCUGCCGUACGACCAGUACCUGUGGCGUCUGCCUGCCUACCUUCAGCAGCUCGACAUGGAGAGCAACGGCAAGGGGGUGACCAAGAAGUCUGGUGCGGUGGCUGUGCAGACGGGCCCCAUUAUCUUCGGUGAGGCCGGCACAAAUGGUCAACACGCAUUCUACCAGCUCAUUCACCAGGGCACCAAGAUCAUUCCGUGCGAUUUCAUUGGCUGCGUCCAAACACAGAACCGUGUGGGGGACCACCACCGGAUCCUGAUGAGCAACUUCUUCGCGCAGACAGAGGCGCUCAUGGUAGGAAAGAGCGCGGAGGAGGUCCGCCAGGAGCUGGUCCAGUCUGGUAUGUCAGGUGAUGCCAUUGAGAGUAUGAUUCCGCACAAAACGUUUACGGGCAACCGGCCCAGCAACUCGAUCUUGGUGAAUGCUCUUACUCCGCGUGCGCUGGGUGCCAUCAUUGCCAUGUACGAGCAUAAGGUUCUCGUCCAGGGCGCGAUUUGGGGCAUCAACAGCUAUGACCAGUGGGGUGUGGAGCUUGGCAAGGUGCUUGCCAAGUCUAUCUUGCCGCAACUCAAGUCCGGCAACAUCGUCUCCAAUCACGAUGCCUCUACGAAUGGGCUAAUCAACCUGUUCAACACGCGCGCACAUCUAUGA